AUGAAAAUGUUUAGCUGUCGAAGCAAGCUGAUAAUUGACCGCAUAAAGUAUUUGCAAAAAGCUUUUCAUCAUUAUGACGGAACUCCAAAAUCUCUGGCCCAUUCCGAUCUGGGACGGACUGCUCUUGAUAAAGAAAUCACGAGUGUGGAAUUGGCUUAUGAACGGUAUUCGCCAAGAUCGCCAACUACAAACAAUCCCAUCAUUUUUUUACAUGGUCUGUUUGGUUCAAAGACGAAUAAUAGGACCGUUUCAAAACAGCUAGUCAAUACCUUGGAUAGGGAUGUUUAUUGCUUGGAUCUAAGAAAUCAUGGAGAUUCGCCUCAUAGUGAAAGACAUGAUUAUCCUUCGCUAGCCGCCGACGUCGAACGAUUUGUAGAAGAUCAUGACUUGAUUGACCCCAUACUUAUAGGGCAUUCUAUGGGGGCCAAAACUGCAAUGGCAGUAUGCCUGCGGAGACCUGAAUUGUGUUCCAUGUUGGUCUCCAUUGAUAAUGCACCUGUAGAUUUUACGGCGGGUGGCACGGGAUUCAGCAAGUUUGGAAUCUACAUCAAGCAACUCAAGAAGAUACAAGGCGACCCAUCUUUGAAAAGCCUUAAAGACUGUGACAAUAUUCUGGCGCAGGUGGAAUCAAAUCCAGCUGUGAGACAGUUUUUGUUGACAAACAUCAAAAGAUCGGUGAAUCAAUUCACGAGCAGAGUCCCACUGGAUAUUUUAGCAAAGAGUCUUGAUAAUAUAUCAGGAUGGCCUUUCAAUUACGAAAUAUCAAGAUGGACAAGGCCUGCUUUAUUCAUUCGUGGAAAGCAAAGCCCCUACAUAGCUGAUGAAUAUCUCGCCUCGGUUGGGCUAUUCUUUCCUAACUUUGUUGUGAAAGAUGUUGAUGCGGGCCAUUGGUUGAUCAGCGAAAAGCCCAAGGAGUUUGUUUCAUUGGUAACAAAUUGGGUACAGACUGCGGAAGAUCGAUAA